ACUUUCCUGUGAGAGGUUGACGGGUAAACAGUGCACGGCUUAGCUCAGCUCUGACUAGUACACCCCCCACUGGAAGGUUGAAACACAGGCAGGCAGGCUCACUCUCACCGCUCAGACAUUACUGAGAGAGGAACAGAGAGGAGAAGACAGACAGACGAGAGAGAGACGACAGAGAGAGAGAGAGAGAUCAGAGGGAAUAAGAGCAGGGUAGUAGCUCAGUGUCACAACAAGAGAAGAGAAUCAGACUGCCAGUCAUCUUCUAACUCUGUCUGAACAGGGACUUCUUGACUGAAGCUCUGUGUUCUAUUGUGCUGUGUAGUCACAGUAUAGUGAGGGAAGCCUCACAGAGGGAGUGUGUGGGGUGGUUAUUGUAUUGCGUUUCAGCACAGCAAGAGAGAGAGAGUUUCCUCAGAGGAAAAGGAGGAGAGCUGUUUCUGUCUCUAGUCGCUGUCGUUCCCCUGUGUGUGAGAGGGUUGGCUCUUUGGGGACAGGAAGAGCAGGGCUUGCGAUGCGACCUGAGCGCUGAGUGGAAUAUGCUGCAGACGAUUUACGAGAGCGAGUCAAAUUUCUCCACCACAACAAACGAGCUCGUUGGCCACCAGCGACUCUUGGACCAGCAGAAGAUGCACAACGUUAACUCAGUCAGUCUCUAUCUGUCUGCCUCUGUGAAAGGAGGGCUCCAAACUUCUCAGCACAGCAACGCGUUAUGAUCAGGCACUGCUUUCUGUAUCCAGUGGACAUUAAGCCAGAGGUACUUUUGGACCCCGUGUCUCCGUUGGACCUGCGUACAGACCUGAGGAUGCUGGGGCCUGGCUCGGACCCGGGAAUGUGGGAGCGUCAGUUGCAGCAGGAGCUGCUCCUCAUCCAGAAACAGCAGCAGGUCCAGAAACAGCUGCUGAUCAGCGAGUUCCAGAAGCAGCAUGAGAAUCUGACCCGCCAGCACCAGGCCCAGCUCCAGGAGCACCUCAAGCUGCAACAGGAGCUGCAGGCCAUGAAGCAGCAGCAGGAGCUGGUGGAGAAGGAGAGGAGGCAACAGCAGCAGCAGCAGAGCCAGCAGGAGAAGGAGCAGGAGAGACAUCGGAGGGAGCAGCAUGUCCUCUGUCUCAGCCUCAGGGGCAAGGAGCGCACCAGAGAGAGUCUCACAGGUGCUGUGGCCAGUAAUGAGGUGAAGCAGAAACUCCAAGAGUUUCUGUUGAGUAAAUCAAACAAGGACCUGUCCACUGCCGGAGCCACACACACGCUUAUCCAUCACCCCAAGCUCUGGUACACGUCCUCCCACCACACGUCUCUGGACCAGAGUUCUUCUCCCCUGGGAGGCAUGUCUCCUGUCUGCCACUACACACUCCCCUCCCAUCAGGACGGACAGGACGACUUCCCACUGAGGAAAACAGCCUCAGAGCCCAACCUGAAGGUGAAGUCUAGACUGAAGCAGAAGGUAGCAGAGAGGAGGAGUAGUCCACUGCUGAAGAGGAAAGACAGCAACGUCAUGACCCCCUACAAGAAGAGGGCCCUAGAAAUGAUGGGUACAACUUACUCUACAGCCACUAACAGUGCUCCAGGCUCAGGACCCAGCUCUCCCAUCGGAGCCUCCAGCGCCCUGGGGGCCGAGAACGGGCCCUCCUCUCUCCCCACCACCACAAAAACCGAGCGCUGGCCAUCACAGCCUAGGUUAUUUCGUCCAGAGGGCUCCAUGUCCAACCUUCUGAGCUUAUACACGUCUCCCUCCUUACCCAACAUCACCCUGGGCCUCUCUGCCACCUCCUCCCAGAUCAGCGCUGCCAUCGGGCUGAAGGAGAAGACUGGGGAGGUCAGACAUGGUCUACCAGGGCAGCUCCUGGGGCCUGUGCCCAUGCCCACGGUGACCUCCAUGGAGACCAAGGUGUCCCCCAGCCAUCAGGCCCUGCUCCAACACCUCCUUCAGAAGGAACAGAUAAGACGGCAGAAGAUCCUCUCCUCCUCUGGUCAAGGCUCCAUGCCCGCCCAACCCCACUCCCCUCUGGCCAUGAAGGACAGGCCCUCCUCCAACAGCAGACCCAAGCUACCCAAGCACCGGCCCCUGAACCGGACCCAGUCAGCCCCUCUGCCCCAGAGCACCCUGGCUCAGCUGGUCAUCCAGCAGCAACACCAGCACUUCCUGGAGAAGCAGAAACAGUACCAGCAGCAGAUCCACAUCAAUAAGCUGCUGUCCAAGUCCAUUGAGCAACUCCGUCAGCCCAGCUCCCUGGUCAACCCACACCUGCAGGAGUCAGAGGAGGAGGAGGACAACACCCGGAGGAUGGAGGAUGAGAGGAUGGACAUGCAGGAGGACAGGAUGCCCCCUGGUGGCGUGAUCCAGAAACACACCCUUCGUUCCAGCAGCAGCAGUGGCAGCAACAGCUCUCUCGGGGAGCUGUCCUCCAUCGUAGAGGCCCACCACCGCCUGGGGGUCAUAAAGGUCAAAGAGGAGCCAAUCGACAGCGAGGACGAGUCCCUGUCCAAUCAGAACCUAGCGGCGGAGCAGAGUGCCUCACUCCACCAGGUUAAAGGUCAGCUGGUGAUAAGAGCUAUGAUCUGAGAGGGGUGCAGAAGAUGAAGGAGAUCACACACUGCGACAUUCAGAGACGCAUACGUACACACACACACACACACACACACACACACACACACACACACACACACACACACACACACACACACACACACACACACACACACACACACACCUGCAGCCAACACACACACAGAGCCAACUAGGACUCCCCAGGCAAUCCUCUCCCUGCCCUGAGAUGUGACGCUGUCUCAGUGAAGUGCAGCCGCACCCCAAACCCCCACCAGACUGACUCUCUGUUUGUGAACUUUGUGAAGUGAUCUGUAAUGUAAAGUAUGUUUCACCGUGCUGUAUAUAACAUGAAGAGAAGAUUUACUAGAAGAAUGCUCCUUCUUUUUUUACUUCUAAGGAACUGCUUUGAUUGUUUUCAGGUUCUGCUCAAUUGACAUAAUGUAAUAUGUAUGUAUACAGUAGAUUUAGCGUAAGAGAAUAUUCUAGAAGGGAGGGAAAGUUUUACCGUUGUACAGUUUAUGAAUGCCAUUUUAUGUUCCCAUAGUGUAACAUUUAUGUCAUCAAUUCACUUCAACUUUGACUUGCUGACUGUUGUUGUUUUAUUCAAAAAGAAAAAGUAAAACGUCAUAUUCUCCGUCAUUCUCCAAAAAGCUGUGAUGUUCUGUGUUCAGUGGUCUCUGAAAAUGACAUGAAAAUAAGGAAGCAUG